AACCCCAAGAAUGCACGCAAGAAAUUUCACAGGAUUACAAGCAUAUUUUGAAAUGAAUUGGCAUCAGUGAAACAAUUUUUUAAAUCAUUUGUUCGAGAUUGUUCGAAACAUUCGGGGUUGUCCCGGCAUGUAUACUGACGAAUAAAGAAUUGAGUGAAGAAACAUAUAUAUAUACGUACAAAUGUGCACACGUAGCCGGUCGAUCAGCGAGUGAGGAUAUUUUGGCUUUCAAGUAUUUUUCGAAUCCGGAAAAUCCGAGCUUCCUAUUUAGAGAAAUAUUGCCGAUUUUGCACUGCGUGAUAAAAUAAGAAUGUGUGAUUGUGAGUUUCAUUAAUGUAACCUAAAAGUUUAGGCUGUAAAUUGUCGGAUGAAAAUGAUCAGAGCUUGAGACAUUUAUACAGUCUAUUUAUACCGCAAAUACAUUUCAUUGCACAAUAAUUGCAAUUUUAAUUUGUAUACAAUGGAGCCUGAAUCUGAGCCAAAAAAGACCGAAAGAUUUACUCCAAGGGCGUAUCAGAUAGAUCUUUAUGAAAAAGCUGUACAAAAUAAUACCAUUCUUUACCUGCCAACUGGUGCAGGCAAGACGUACAUAGCUAUUUUGCUCUUGAAACAUUUAAGUGCUGAUAUACGCAAGCCUUACAAUGAAGAUGGGAAACGCAGUAUAUUUGUUGUAAAUACAGUAGCAUUAGUGGUGCAACAAGCAGAGUACAUAAGUAGACAUACGGAUUUAACUUGUAAAGGUUACAGCGGAGAUAUGGGGGUGGAUUUUUGGAAGGAAGAGCAAUGGUUGACUGAGAUUGAAACAAAUCAAGUCUUGGUAAUAACAUCACAAAUCUUCCUGGAUCUACUCAUACACGGAUAUAUGAAUUUAAAGAAAGUAAACUUAAUUGUGUUUGAUGAAUGCCAUAGGGCUGUAUUUAAUCACCCUAUGAGACAGAUUAUGCAACAAUUCGAAAACUGCCCUAAGGAUAAACAACCACGUGUCUUAGCUAUGUCUGCAACAUUAUUGAAUGCCAAUAUAAAGUUGGAUAAAAUUGAAUCUACAAUCAAGUCUUUAGAAAUAACAUUUCAAUCAAAGAUAGCAACUGUAGACUCAACAGACAUUAUCCAAGGGUAUUGUACAAAUCCGCAGGAAAAAAUUGUUAAAUACAAUAAAUAUCCAAGUUUUGAUGUGCUUGACAAGGUAUUUCAAUUAAUAAAAGAGAGUACAGAUAUAUUGAAAAUUAUAAAUUUGAAUUUAGAUGAAUUGUAUAAAGAAUCCAGUCCAGAAAUGCGGCCUAAAUCGAAAUCUUCUAAACUAACAGCUGUUAUGAAAGACAUAGAAACGACUACUUCUCAGCUAGGUAUAUAUGGAGGUAGCAAGUCAGCUUUGUUACAUUUAAUCCAGCUAGAAAGUUUAAGAAAAUAUUCCAAUGAUUUGACAACAGACCAUAUUUUGGAUUAUAUGAUUACGCAAGUAAUUAUGAUAAGAAAAUUGUUUGACAACGAAAUGAAAGAUCAUACAGAAUUAGAACAGCUGUUUAAGUACACAUCUGAUCAACUUAACCAAUUAUUUGCUAUAUUAGCAGAUUGUAAUGCUAAACUAUCAAGCAAUCAACAGUUCUGUUGCAUUAUUUUUGUGAGGGAAAGAUUUAUGACACAAGUGAUAUAUCAUAUAUUAAAAACGUUAGCCAAACUCAAUAAAGAAUUCGAUUUUCUUUCGCCCGAUUAUGUAAUUGGAUUUCAAAAUAAUCCUUACAAAUUUAGUAGAGAGGUUUCGUGUAUCGCAAAAUGGAAUAAACAAGUAUUGCAAAGAUUUAAAACUGGUUCGACAAAUUGCAUUGUAGCAACUGAUGUUGUUGAUGAAGGUAUCGAUGUACCAGCUUGCACAUUGAUAAUACGAUUUGACUUGCCAAUGGAUUUCAGAGGAUACGUUCAAAGUAAGGGUCGAGCACGUCAUAGUUCAAGUCGAUAUAUAGUUUUAAUGCCAAACGACGAUGUCGGCUUUCUUCAAAAAUAUGAGAAUUACAGAAAUACAGAAAAUAUAUUGAAAAUGAGUUUGGUGGGACAAAGUGAACUACGCACGAUACCUACUGAUGUUGAUAUAUCAAAACAUCUAUAUACAAGCGAGAUCGAACCAUAUGUAGUGAAACGAGAUGAUACUGUGAUAAGUAUUUUAACAGAGACAGCUGCGAUUAACUUGAUUAAUAUGUAUUGCAGUUCUUUACUGAAAUCUAAAUUCGUUUGUCUAGUACCCAUUUGGAAAUUAAAUAAAUUUAUAUGUCGUGAUGGGACACUGUUUAAGAUUUCCCUUAAACUACCAAGUAUAUCAGUACUGAAAACCGAAGUUUAUGGCGAGUAUAUGAGGAGUAUAGAAAGCGCUAAACGAUCCGCCGCAAUGAAAGCUUGCAUAAAUUUGCACCAGCUAGAAGCACUGACGGACAAAUUAUUACCCGUAACCGGAAAUAUGCUCACGCAAAACCUAAAUUACUUAUUCCCAAACUGGAUAGACGAAGACGAUUAUUUGCCUGGCGCAUAUAAAAGAAAGCGAGGACAUAGACUGGAGUAUCCAACAGCAUUGUAUGGCGCAUUCCCAAAAUCUAAAGAAAUCUUGUAUCUUCAUAUUCUUAAUUGUACUCCUACAUAUCCUAUGACGAGCUACGACAAUAGACGUAUAACUUUUUACAAAUUACUAAGUGACAAGAGUGGCUUUGGUAUUCUUUCUACAAAGAGUCUGCCAAAGAUGCCCUCCUUUCCGAUUUUUAUGAAAGACGGCGAAUUAAACGUUGACAUCGAAUCAAAUUACGAAAUAAUAAUACUAAACAAAGCAGAUAUUGAAUCUCUCAGAGGAUUUCAUUUUCUAUUAUUCAAUGAAAUUAUACCUGUUAUUAAAAGCUUUAUGGUUUUUGAUACCGAAAAUCUUGAAAACUCUUUCCUAAUUGUUCCAUUGAACGACGAUCAAGAGAUAAAUUGGGACGUUGUGAGAACAUAUCAAAAUAUAGAACGAAUUAUGCCAUGUAAGCCUUUUGACUUCAGAACAAGCGACUACGAAUUGGCAUUAGUCACUCCAACUUAUAGAGGAUCAGCAAAUGUCUACAUAGUUACACGAGUGUGUGACGAUCUUACGCCGGAAUCGUGCUUCCCUAAUGAAGAUUUCGAGACGUUCACGCAUUAUUACAAAGAGAAACAUGGUUUGGUUAUAGAAAAUCUGCAACAAUCGAUGUUGGAAGUGAAACCGAUACCGAUAAAAAUUAACUAUAUAAAACCGAGAAAAUUGCACGACGGGCCAGCGAAAUAUAAAAUGGAUGAUACAGUGGAGGAUCUUCAGGAACACUUGAUUCCAGAACUAUGUUGGAGGAUCAACUUUCCGGCUCUAUACUGGUUAAAAGCGACCACGUUGCCUUCUAUUCUUCAUAGAGUUUCUCAACUUUUAAUCGCGGAAGACUUGAGAGUAAUGAUUGUAAAAGAGACUGAAUUGGGAUCUUUAACAGAAAAAUUGUCUCCUUUAACAACGAAAAAAGAUAACGUGAAAUUGAUAGAGGAGGAAUAUAAUGCAUUAGACCUAAUAGACGAAGUCGUAAAAGUGCACACAGAUCUGAAUAGUUUAAACGAUUAUAAUCCCAUGAAUGACAAAGAACCCCAAGAUUUAUAUCGUAAUAUGGAACAAGUCCAAAUGAUUGAUAUUCAAUACUAUAAUCAGUUUGUAACUACAGAUUGGAAUGAUAACAUUCAGAACAUUACGAACAAGACCCCAAUCAGUCGCCACAUUGUGAGGCCGACAGUAUCAGUACCAUCAUUGGAUGUUCUUGUAUCAUCUGAGAAACUCUUUCUCUCGGAUGGGCCUAACAUGAUAGAAAUCAUGCAUGCACUGACUACUAAAUUAGGUGCAGAUAUGUUUGACUUGGAGCGAUUGGAGACUCUAGGAGAUUCUUACUUGAAGUUUAUUACAUCGAUAUUUUUAUAUCACAAAUUCCCGCUGUUUAACGAAGGUCAUUUAACGGCUGUUAAGGGGAAGAUAAUCGGCAAUCGAAAUCUGUAUUAUUGCGGCAAAAAGAAGGGUAUUCCUGGACGUUUAAAGAACGACGCGUUUAUACCUAUGAGCAAUUUCAUCGCACCCUCGUUCACGGUACUCCGUCAAUUGCAAAAUAUAUUGCUGGACGAGUCGGUGGCGCCAAAUAUAUUGUACGAGCUACGAAUACCGAAAGAGGAAAAAUUCACCGGAUAUAUAAGCAAAAGUACGAGAGAUACAAUGGAAAAAAUGGUGAUUAACUGGGACAAGGAAGACACACAAACUGGCUACGAACAUUUUCUAGGUCGCCAAAUUUUAUCUGACAAGACCGUAGCGGAUUCGGUAGAAGCGCUUAUUGGUGUUUAUCUCAAGAGCAACGGUAUAAGAGGUGCUGCAAAGCUACUCAAAUGGUUUGGCAUAUUGCCAGAGGUACAGAUUGACGAAUUACUAUACAAUAAGCCACUGAAUCCUAUAAUAAACUCCGAAAAUCCCGACAAGUACAUGCCAUGGGCCGAUGCAAUGGAAACUAGAAUUGGUUACAAAUUCAACAACCGAGCAUUUUUGUUGCAGGCGUUUACUCAUCCAUCUUACACAGCGAAUGGAAUAACUGAGUGUUAUCAGAGAUUAGAAUUUCUAGGAGACGCUAUUCUAGAUUUUUUGAUUACGUGUUACAUUUAUGAAUCUUGUGGGGACUUGAGUCCUGGUGAUCUAACUGAUUUGAGAUCUGCUCUUGUCAAUAAUAUAACAUUCGCUUGCUUAGCAGUACGAUAUGGUCUAGACACUGCUUUAUUAUCCUAUGCUCCAAAAUUACAUGAAGCGAUCGACCGCUUUGUGAAGUUUCAACAAGAACGGAAUUACGUAGUCAACGAUGAGAUGUUAUGGGUAUUACUUGAAGAAGAGGAAUGUAAUCUGGCAGUAUAUGUUGAUGUUCCUAAAGUUCUUGGAGAUUUAUUCGAGUCUUUGAUCGGAGCCAUCUAUCUUGAUAGUGGCAAGAACCUUACAAAAGUCUGGGAAAUUGUGUAUUGUUUCAUACAUAAGGAAAUUGCUAAAUUUAGCAAAAACAUUCCGAAACAACCAGUGCGACUAAUACAUGAAAAUACAGAUGCACGUCCUAAGUUUUUGGAUGCGGAAUUGAUCGAAGGUACAGAGACGAUCAUGGUGCCCUUGAAAAUAACUAUUAAAGGUAAAGAAAAACUCUAUCAUGGUUUUGGAGUUAAUAAAAAGCAGGCUAAAUGUGCAGCCGCCAAACAAGCAUUAAAAAGACUACAACUUGAGAUAUAAAUUUUUUUAAUCCAAUUGUUUUAUAUAAUGUUUGUACAAAAAGUAUGCAUAUAUUUUAUGUACUUUGUCCGCAUGUGUAUGACAAUUUACAGAUAUUCAUCGAGCACAACACAUUAUGCUUUAUUUAUGCUCGACAAGUCUUACAAUAAUUAUAUAUAAAUUAUUUUGACCAAUCUUGUAAGCUUCCAUUAUAGCUUAUAAUUUAUAUAUUAAAGUGAUGCAAAUGUAUUGUUUCUCUAUUAAUUUAUCAAUUAGCUGUACAUUCUGACUCCAUUAUAUACCUUUACAUUGCCUAGAUUAAUGAAAUUUGAUUUCAAAAAUUAUAUAUUUUAUUAUCAAUUUGGUAACAAAGAAACAAUAAACUUUGCGUCAAUUUAGCAACUUGUCAUAUUACAGACAUAAGAAAUAUAUAUUGAAAGAAUAUAUUCCAUAUAUUUACUGAUAUGUGUGUGUUUUCAAGAAAUCAAUACGAUUUCUUGUAAUAUUACGAAUCGGAAUUUAUUUUGUAUGCAUUUUUCAAUUUAGCAUGUGCUUUAGAGUAGUAAUUUCUGAAAUAAGAUGAUUGUGCUUUCUGAUUAAUGUGAUGGAAAAAUCAUAUACAUAAAUAAGAGGAUUACGUUUAAAUAGAAAAUUUGUAUGUUAAAUGAGAAGUUAGAGUAUUAUAUAUAUUUGUAAAAAUAUAUAUAAAAUGAUUAUAUAAAAUACUCUAUAAAAUGAUAUAUAAAUUAGUUAUAUACACAGUAUUUUUAAAACUGUCAGAUUGUAAGAGCGUAUUCUAGGUAUCAAAGAGAAAAAGUUCCGCCUAAAGUUGAGGGGAAAAAUCGAAAAUUGUAUUGUAAUUCUUAGAGACUUUCACAAGUCGUUGAAAGUCUUUUUCUCAAUCUAUGAAAAAUAUCUGAAAACUACAUUUUUCAAUUUUUUCAUCCAUCUUUAAGGGGGUUAUAAUUCGAAGGAAAAGCAUUUUUGGACUCGAUGUUUAUAGAAACUUCUCAUUUUGACUCCAAGAAUACAUCCUUAAAAUCUCUGAUAUAGUUAUAGAAACAUAUAUAUUAUUACAAUAACGCCGUUUUUUCCUUAAAUUUUAUAUUUUGUUAUAAUAUUGCCAUAUUUUUAUCUACAAAUGUUUCUACAUGUAAUUGCUGAAAAUAAAAUAAAAUACAAAAAAACCCAUGCAAUUCAA